AUGCUUCUAUAACAAAUACUUUAUUUCACCUGCAUUGUCAGUAAAACCGAUUAGGAAUAUAAGGAUGUGAUUUGUAAUAAUUAAGCCAUAUCUCAUGUAAAUUGUUUUAUCGGACUAACAUUAUUGACAGUUUGCGAGCCACUCAGUGUUAUCCCAUACUAUUUGAGAUCACUGAGACUUUACGUAAUAUUUAGGGCAUAAGAUUAUUACUUUAAAAAUCAAAAGAAACCCAAAGCAUGGUUUAAUUAUAUCAAAGAGAGACAACUUAUUAAAUUGACUUUGAUCAUUACAGGUAUUCUUCUAGCUAUUUCUCUUGUCUUGUUUCUAAUAUAUUAAUUUGGGGGUAAAGAAGUAGAAUUGUUUAUUUAUACUCCAUCAUAUAAUGUCGAAGUUUGCUAUUUACAUGAUGAUGGGCUAUAAAACUGUGAUAAAAGCUAAUAAACCUGCUGUGAUGAAAUAAAUAAAGCGGAGGAAAAGUUUAAGAAAAAUGUUUAAGACCACUCUAAUAUCUCACUGACUUAUGCUAUUUCGUGGCACUUUAUGGAAUGUGUUGGCUUUCUUUACUGUAUUCAUAAACUGAAGAAUAUAAAGGAUGACUUUAACAUUAGACAAGAACUCUAUUUGGUAUUCUUUAUCUGGUUUACAACAAGUUAUCUAGCUACAUUCUUUUUCAUAUUACAAAUUGAUUGGAAAUAUUUAUCCUUCUUGCUAGUUCUGAGGAAUUUCUCUGUUACUUUAAUAACUGCUCUCAAGCCAGUAUACUAAACUUACAUGGGAAACUCCUAUAUCUUGCUACCUCCUAGUGUAGGCAGCAUUGAAACCCUAGACAUGGUUCUGAUAAUUCCAAUAGCAAGUGAAUAUUUUUAUGACUAUCUGGACAAAUAAGUGAAUGAUCCUGAAGCUCCCAUAUACUUUUCAUUAUACGCAGAUCUUCGUUACUAUGAUAAAGCUUGCACGGAGGACAAUAAUGAGCAGGAAAAAUAUGAUAAAGCCAUUGAGAUUAGUACUGAAUAUCUGAACACUGAUGAGUUAUUAGCAUAUGUUUUAGACAAAUUACGAGGUCACUUCGAAUAGUUCAAGAGAUCAACAGACUUUAAUUAGUUGGAGGAAGAAAUACUCAGAUAAGAAAAACUAUAUGAAGUGCUAAAUAAAACCUCAACAAACAUCGUGGCUAAUAAAAUACUGUCGGCAGCUUAUAACAUUUAGGGUGCUGAGUAUACUAUAUAAAAUAAUGGAAGGAAGAGUGUUACUUAAGGGGGCUACAUAGAUCUACCAUCUCCAUCCAGAACCAAUGAAAAUAGCACCACAACUAUAGUUAAUACCACCAAUUCAACUUCAAUAUCAACAAAAUAUCACUAAUCGUAAGUAAAAUUGCAACAGAUGGCGAAUGCCUACUCUAGGCAGACCAUGAGUAAUAACAAAACUGGAUAUGCUGGUAAUUCUUAGUCAAAUUCAUUCAGCAAAGCUGAAGUGAUACUGCCCACAGCAAUCUCAAUAUCCCCUAGAACUAAAAGGAAGAGCUCAAUGAAAGCCUGUACAGCUAAAGAAUAAGACUAAAUUAAGAAAAUAGCAUACUCAUCUUAUUCCAAAAACAACAAGACUGGAAUUUCUGCUGGAACAGGGCCCACUUAUUCAUCCCUUAACUAAAAUAAAUUUCAGCAAGUCUUAAGCAGUGCUGCUAAUGUAGGAAGAGCUUCUCAAAAUUUAAAAUAAUCAAUCGAUAAAAAAACUUAGCUUUUCCCAACCUCUAACAAUGCCAAGGUUAGACCUGAUUUAGCAACCCCUAAGAAAAUCCUUGAGACUCAAAUCAAUGCUAAUAACACCAUGAAGAUUGGAUCAUAAACCACCAAAAAUUCAGAUCUAAAGUAUCACAAGAAGAACACCUCUUAAGGACAUUAUUAAUCUAAGCCAGCUAUUUUUACAUAAAAACAAAGGACUGUUAGAGAUUCAUUUGCUCAUAAGAAUCUGGAUAUGUAUCUUAAACAAAAAUAUCAAAAUAAUAAUUUACAAACAAAGGAUGAGGAAUCAAGGAAUAAGAACAAUAACCCAAAUGAAAAUCAACCCCACUAAGAUCAAAGCUUCGAUAAUUUAGUAAACUCGUUUAUCCAAGCCAAAAAUCUUAAAAGUAAGAGAGGCUCUGGCAGGAACAGUGCUCUCAAAAGAACUAAUACGACUAAAGUCUUAAAUCAAUCCAAGUCAAAGCCAAGUGGUGCCAAAACGGAUCAUUAUAACUUGACGAAAAGACUCUCUUAUAAUCAUAACUUUAAACCAGCAACAGCGUAUAAAACUAAGGGAAAUAAACAUAUCCCAAAGACCAAUUAAUCUUUUACCAAAUUUACAAUCGAUUUCAGAAAGUAUCAGCACCAUAAUGAACAUGGCUCAAAUGAUGUCAGUGACUUAAAUACAAUGCCUGAUUUUCCAACUAACAGUCCUAUGAAUGUAGGAUAUGGAAGCAAUAAUUUUUCGGCCAAAAAGAUUGGAGACUACUAAAGAUAAAAAUCAAGAUCUUCUUAGAGGAUGAAUAGGUAGCUUUCGUUUGAUUUGCUUAAAAGAUCGCCUUCAAGAGUUUCAAACCAAUCUAGCAUAAAAAAGCUUAAAAAUUCAGCUUCAUCAAAUACUAUUUAAAAUUCCUAUAAUAAAAGAGCUAAGGUAGGACCAUUGAAUGCUUCAAUAGUCUCUACUGGAGUUUUUGAGUAUAAUAAUACUUAGGUUAUCAAGAACAUGCAGAAAUAUUGCAACGGUGAUAAUGGAGACUAAUAAGAAGUGGUUUAUAAUGAUGCCUUAAAUCAAGAUGAGAUAUAUGGAUAAGUUACACUUCAAGAUCAUAUGAUUGGGUCACCGUUAAGAUAAUCUUUAGAUAAAGCUUAAUAGUAUGUUGGUCCCUUUAAAACACUUAAAUCUUCUAAUCAAAGCUCAAUCAAUGUGAACUAAUUGCUAGAAAAAAAGUAAAAAAUGCUAAUGAGUAGAAGUAAGAGCCCAAGAAAAGCAGGCCAUCAUCAAUUAAACGAUAUUAGUAACCCGGAAUCAAUGAGUAACUAUUCGAGUCAAGGCAAACAGAGAUGCAGAACUGCAAUCAAUAUGAAUUCCGACCACAAAAAUAAACUAGAGAGCUUCACUCAGUAUAUUGAAUAAGGUAAGUUUAAUAAAUAGCAUAGAUUAAUAACUAUAGUUAAACAAGGCAGAGAGGAAAGGUCACUCUCUAAAAAAAGAGCUGAAAGCAGAUCACUGUCGAAGAAAAGGGAUUCAAAUGCGCAGUCAAGAACAAGCUUUGCACAUAGACCUAGCAACUAGCAUGAAUACAAUACUUAGUCAGGCAAGAAUCUCAAUCACAUUCCUAUCUCCAUUAAGCAUCAGAAUUUAAUAAAAAAGCAAAUUAACUUGCAGCCUGUUCUUCCUUCAGAUCAAAAUGUGCUAGCAUCAGAGUUUGGAGCAUUUAAUAUAACUUCCAUAGGAGAGUACAAACUCGGCAAGGUUCUAGGCCAAGGUGCGUAUGCAGUAGUGAAAGAGGGAGUGCACAAGACUCUAGGUUCAUCCCUAGCAAUUAAAGUCUAUGAUAAAUAUAAAUUGAUUGAUGCUUAAAGAAAGCGAAGUGUUAUAAGAGAGAUAAAAAUUCUCAAGAAAAUGUAGCAUGAUAAUAUUGUCACACUUUUCGAUGCCAUUGACACUCAGAGGCAGUUAUACCUCGUGAUGGAGAAUGUAGAGGGCAUGAGCAUGCAGUAAAUGCUGAAGAUGCAGCCUAACCGUCGAGUUAGCGAGGAGGAAGGAGCAAGAAUGUUCAUGCAGUUGAUCAGUGCCAUGGAAUUCAUUCAUAAUUAGGAUGUAGCUCACAGAGAUAUCAAAUUAGAAAAUAUUCUCAUUGAAAAUAAUACCAAAAAGGUUAAACUGAUUGACUUUGGCUUCUGCUGCCAAGCAAAGGAGAGGUUAAGGGUUUUUUGCGGUACUCCAUCUUACAUGUCCCCAGAGAUUGUCUAAAAAAUAGAGUACUACGGUCCUCCCUCAGAUAUUUGGGCAUGCGGAGUCCUACUCUAUGUCUUGCUCUGUGGCACUUUCCCAUUUAAAAGUGCUUUUGAAAAAGAUCUGUUUAGGAAAAUAUCUAAAGGGCAGUAUACAUUCCAAGGAAUGCCAGAGUUUAGUGAUGAGGCGAUGGAUUUAAUAUCUUAGAUAUUACAAGUUGACCCUUAUAAGAGGCCCACAGCAACCUAGAUCUUAGAACAUGAUUGGUUUGCUAGAUAAGGGGUCAUUUGCAAGCCAGUUUACCAAAUUGAAAUCAACAACUCCUUAGUUACAUCUGGAGAGGAUGUUAUCUAGCAUUAGGAUGAUAGUAGCUUAGGAGGCUGUGGUGGUAUUAAGCCUUAUCAUGAAGUAAAAGAUGACUUGAAGAAUCGUAAAACUAUGAGCACCAGCAGUGGUGAUGUACUAUCUAUAGGCAAUGAGGGAUACAACAACGAGACAAAUUCAACUAUAGAUAGAGUAUAAUUAAAGAUUGUAAAAGACCGAAACCAAAAUUCUAACAAUGUAAUAGACAUGACUAAGGAUAAUAGUAGGAAACCUAUCUUAAAUUCUAGAGCUAAAGUUAAUGUUAUAAUGAUUGACUGUUGA